CUACUUAUCAGUACUUCAAAGUUUUAUAUACAGAACUUUGCCUUCUUUGAUGCAGUUAAACGUUUUAUUAGCUAUCAAAUGUUGAAGCAAUUAUAUUUGUUAAUUGUCGGAUAAAAAAUCGCAAAUAGUUUGAGAGUUAAUUUAUUUUCUUUUUGAGCAGCAAAAGCAGAUAUAUACCUAUUUUUACUACUUAUUUUUUACAAAGUUGAUCAAGUAUCGUAAUUUUUAAGUUAGUGAGAGACUUUCUUGUUAGAAGAUAAAAGCGUAUACAAAUCGAGUGUAUAUUUUUAGGAAGGAUAAUUUAGUUUUUUACGGUAUGUUUUGCAAGUUUUCGUGAUAUUUGUUUAUUUACAAAAAACGGGUUUUUUUCUCUUAUGUUUAAAAAAAACUGUAUCUGAAGCAUCGCUCGAAACCAAUCCGUUGUCUGUGUACUUUAUAAAUUCAUACACAUUACAGACGACAAUGUUAAAAACAAAGUGUAAUACCGCGAAUAGAGUUUAUAACUCAGUCACGUGCGACAGCGAGUUGCAAAAAAAAUUAUAAGCAAUCAAAACUAUUUCGCCAAAACAAAAAUAUUUUAUACCUUAGUGUAAAAUUAACGUAAUCAAAAUUAACCGACACUAAUUAUUAGCGUAUACUGUGCCAUUUAUCGCUUGUUCCGUUCAUAAUGUGUUACAUGGCAUGUAUCCGAUAUAUCUGUAAGAAAGUUUGCAAACAAAUUUGAAAAAUUCACGCUGUGAAGUAAAACGUUGUAAGAAAGAGUUUCUUUGCAUCGCUCACAGUUCGAAUUUACGAUCGAAGUGCCUGUGAUCGUAGAGAACAAUUGUGAUAAAACUGAAGAAAAAAAAAACAACAAGUUCAUUGCGUCAGAUUUGCAAUAAGGCGGGUCGCAAAUUUUGCGUUAUAAAGACCCAGCUAAAGAUCUGAUUAUUCUGUUACUUUUAACUGACAUUUCUCUCUUUUGUAAAGUUCCUCGCGUUUGUGCGCAACUGUAUCGUAUAUUAGUUCGAUUUAUCUAUAUAAUAUAUAUACAUACAUAUAUAUAUAUAUACAUAGUUCUGCGUGUAAGCUCGACUAUGAUUUUAAAGAGGCAUUGCGCGCGUCUAUUGUAUAGAUACUCUUAAUACAUAUAUGGUGUAUAUGUCGGUAAAGGAACAAAAAAAAAAAAAAAAAAGAAUUCUUAGCAACCUUGUGUAUAAACUCUUCCACAUAAAUGUGAUACUUACAAAAGGGUAAUAGGCUAAAGUAAGGAGACUUUAGACGCAUAAAACUGAAAAUGUACUUUUUGCUUUUCAUUUUGUUCGCAGGAUGUUUCUCCUUUGAUCUGUAUUAGCCGGUUGACUCAAUCCUCCAAGUUGUCUCGUAUUUUGUAUGUGUAUGUUUCAUCAAGGUUUCGCUAAACGUAGUCUCACAUCAAUGCGUUUAAUUUUUCUUCGUAUAAACACUUUAGAAGAUUCGUGAGAUUUUGCUCUUUCAAACGACACAAGUUAGUUUCAUUGUUUAAUUCAAGAGAAAUGUAUUUGUACGUAUUUUUGUGAAAUUGUGGUAUUUAAGUCUCAAUCUGAAAUUUUAUAUUAGUUUUUGAGAGUUAGGAAAUUUUUAAAAACGAAAAUCAUCAUCUCUAUACAGCGUGUGUUUAACGGAUAUUAUAUUAAUUAAGUUACUACUGCGAUCUAUCUCUAUUUGUAAGUACCAAAGAAUGUCGGAUUAUACAUAUAUUAAAAAAAAAAAAAAAAAAGAAACAGAGAGGACAAAGUGAGAUCAGAAAAAUAAGGAUUGACUUUAUGUAGAAAAGUACCUGUUUAUUCCUUUUUCUUACGUUUUACGUAUGUCUGUGAUAUUUUAGGAAAUGGAUUUUUAUUCAGCUUUUCUAUCACAUAUAUAUAUAUUUUUCACUUGUAUGCACAUUUAUUAUAUGUAAGCAACAGUCGAGAUGUCUCAAGAAUUUUUCCGAGUACAUUUGCUAUUUCUCUGUACAAUGCGAUUUUUUUGGCAAGGACGAAGAAACAAAUGUAUGAUACGCAUACAUUAAAACUCUUAUUUGGAAACUAUUUUGUUUAUUUUCGUUACUCAUGCGUACCAUUUUAUUCUAACACGACGUGAAACUAAAAAAACUACACACGAUGCUAAACCUGUGUCUGUUUACACGCUCUGAUUUAUGUGAGAAGACAUUCCAAGAAAGUGCGUGUGCGUGUGCGCGUAAGGACAUAAGUAGAAAUUAACAAAAUGUACGUUUCUUUGUUUAGAACUCGUGCAUGGUAGAAAAAAUUCUGUUUGUUUCAUAUUUAAAAUACAUUUAUAUAUACUAUAUGUAUCACGCGACUUGCAUGUAUUACACGCAUAUCUCAUACAAAACAAUUAUAUAGAUAGCAAGAAAUAUCGUCUAGUUUUCAAUCAACUAAUAUUUUUUACAUUUCCGUACAACGCGAUCUAUAGUCAGACGUAAUAAUUAUAAUAAAUAUACGAUAACAAGAUUUUGACGAAUAUAGUCUUCUAUGAAAUAUAAAAUAUAUAAAAACAUCUUUUUUUCUACUUUUCGACCGUCUUUUUUUUAAGCUGAUAUUCGAAUUGUCAAUCACGUAAGAAGAAGAAGAAUCACGAGAAUAGAGUUUGGGAGAACACGCGCUACGUAAGAAUGACCACGAAUACAACUUAUACAGUAGCUAAAAACUGAUAAUUGCCUCUUUCCGCCUUUGUAAACAACGAACUUGCGGUCUGCUUAUUCCGGUCAAUGCCAUGAUAAAAUUUAUCGUCACGCCUCGGAUCGCGUUGCAAGUCUCUGCUACGUUCAAAUGUGCGACGGACGUGUUCAUGCAUAAACAAAAUUUGACGUGUUGUUACAAUACGAGAAGACGCGUGACGACGAAAUUAAUUCCUUGACAUAUCAUCAUCAACAGAGUCUUAUCACAAAUUUCUAUAUACAUGCAGAGACACACGCAUGUGGAAAAUCAAAAGAUUCGUGUGUGUGUGUGUAGAUAAAUUGAUAAUUGAUUGCUACUGGAGCUUAUUAUUAUAAGGAAUAUCUUCUUAUAAAGUGCGUCUGUUAAACCGGAACGACAUACAGUGACGAGAAUAACUUAAUGUUCACAAUGAUGGAAGUGAAAACAUCUCACGACGGCAGGACGGACGAUACUCCGGACACUUCUUCCACCAAAAUGGAGACACUGAAGGAUGUUGCGGUCCAGGAACCGUCCGCCAAUCCCGAAAUGCAAGAAGAUUUUGUAGUGAAAGAGCAAGGGAUGUCCGUCGACACGACGGACAAAAGAAAUCGCCAGUCGAACACUUUCGCGGCCAAAAAAACUGUGGCACAAGGUAUGAUGGACGUCGCGCUCAUAACGGCUAAUGCGAACCAACUGCGAUAUCUUCUCGAGUACCAGCAAAACAGCCCUACUUUUUAUCUCACUAUGAGCAUGAUUAUCAUCAGUCUUAUACUGCAGAUUGGCGUUGGAGUCAGUUUGAUCUUCAAGGGUCGAUACGACAUGAAAGGCAAAUCGAAAUCCACCAACGCUGAGAGAAUUAACAAUUACGUCGUGGUGACCGUCUUUCUUAUAACAAUUAUUAACGUAUUCAUAGCCGCGUUUAGUAUAAGCUCGCCCGACACGCAACCCCUUUGAGUUCCAACUUUCAGCAAUGGAGUCCGUAAAUAAGAUUAAACUAAUUACUAUAGUAAAAUUACAUAAUUGUUAUUUUUAUAAAAAGUACAACAAACGUGCCAUAAAAACAACUUAUUGACCGAGAUCUAUAAUUUAAAGAAAAACAUAAUUAUUAAGAAAAACAAAUAUAUAAUUUAUGAUAUGUUUA